GUUCCAAUUUUCUUACUACUGUUCGAUAUGUUUAAUUUAGAAUCAUAAAAUCGGUUAACUUCAGUCAAUAUAUAUUUCAAUAACUAUUUCUGCAAGAUCUUAUGAAAUCAAAAUUUUAUGCAAAUUUUAAAACGAUGUUAUAGCUUUUUUUAUCAAACUGAAGUAAAAUAAUCUUAAAGUAAUAAAUGUUGUUGUAUAUUAAUAUAUUGGCUAGUAAUAUUUAUCCAGCUCAGUGGUAACACUGUUAUUUCAAAUCUUAAAUGGCUGCAGUAGUAAACGUUAAACGUUAAAACUGUCAUAGCGUUGUUCGGUCAAGCUAAUAUGCAAUAAUGACAUAAAAAUCACAUAAUAAUGAUGGAAGAAUUCAAUGUUGAUAUUGUGCAUGUUCUUCAGAAUAGAGAUUUUAGUGUAUUGCAAAAGUUAAUACCGCAUUUAUUUGACUUUCGAGCAAAAAUUGCAGCUAAAGUCGAAGAUGCAAAUGCAUAUGAAUCUAAAUGUAUAAAGGAAAGAACACAAAGUGAGAGCAAAAUAUCAGAAUUACAACAAGAAAUUGAAAAUUUAAAAUCUGAAAUAGAUGCAACAAAAUUGCAACAAAAGAUUGUAGAUAAAAAGGUUGCCAAUGCAAUUAAACAAGAAGAGGAAUUAGAGGAGGAAGUAAAUGGUGCAAAAUUGAAAAGAGAUAAUUUAACAAUUGAAAUUGUUGAUUUACGUGAAAAAUCAGAACAAAGGAAAGCACAUAAAAAAUCAAUUUGGGAUAGCAUUAAACGUGCUUGUAAAAUUUAUAAACAAUACCUAGACUUUCAUAUACAUUUAAUCCAUGAAAAAGAAGAGGAACAACUUAAAGUUUCUUUUUUUGUGAAUGACUCUAACACAGAAAACGAAUACUUUGUGAGGUUACUUAAUUGUAAUAAUCAAUGGAAAGUGGAACAGAUUCAACCUUCGCUCAAAAAAGAACAUCUGACUGAUUUCGAAAGAAUUAUUGACUUUUCUAAACAAUCAAUGGUUUCAGAUAUGACUGCAUUUCUCUGUAAACUCAGAUAUAUUUUUACUAAAUAUUACUUAAAUCAUUUGCACUGAAGAAGAUUCUGGAAGUUUCGAUUUUUGAUGAUUUUAGUUUUAUUUAAAUAUACAAUUACGUGUUAGAUUGUAUCAAGAAAAAUUUUUCUGUUGUAUGUCGAACAGUGAAAAUUCGUUGAAUUCAAUUGUUUCAUCGUUCAUGCGGAAAAUCGAAUUUCUCACUGUUUAUCGUAUUUUACAUUCAAUUUUGAUAUUAACAUAACUACUUACGAAAUAUUUACGCGUCUUACUCAUACAUGGAAAGGGCCAAUUGAUUAUGUAUGCGUAGAAGCACGUUGAUAACAAUUCAUCCCUAUUGGCAAGAGUUAACGAGAGAGUCAAUUGAUCGCCCACUGCCAAUCAGCUCAUAUCGCGUACACAACGUAAGUUAACAGAUUUCACUUACACUAUUGACCCGCCCGAUCGUUCAUUUACUCGAUCAUUCAGGAAUUUAAUUAAAGAUCGAAACGUUGACGAUGGGAAUCGAUGCAUUACUAUGAUGUACACUAGCCGUAUUCACGUUGUCUGUGUUGAUCAGGUUCGAUACGAUUAAUAUCUAAUGAACAAUCUCUGUUUAUUAUAUUUAAUUUAAAAGUU